GAUCGUCUUGAGUCUGCAGGCUACAGAUAGAAAGCUUUCCACUUGCUCCAGGAGACAAUAAGACCUCAGGAGGGACCCUGCCUCUUCAUCAGCCAUCAUUUCCACUUGACGGACCACAACAUUAAGAACAUGACAAUAGAAGAGCACGGCAACCACUCAUUAGAUUUCUACAAUGGCACGCCGUGGUUCAUCUACGAGUGCACCAUCCAGUUCAACACAGAUUACCGCCGCAUGGCCCUCUUCCUCCUCUACCUUUUCAUCUUCGUGGUGGGUCUGCUGGAGAACGUGCUGGUCGUCUGGGUCAACUGGCGUCGACGCCACUCAGCCAGCGGGGUCUUAUUCUGCAUCAUUAAUGUGAGCCUGUCGGACCUGAUGGUCAUUCUGAUCCUGCCCUUCUUCAUGAUGGAGGUGACCAUAGAGAGGGUUUGGCUGUGGGGCCGUUUUCUCUGCAAGGUCACAAACCUUAUCUACGUGGUCAACUUCUACAGUAGCUCCUUCUUCCUGGCCUUCAUGACCCUGGAGCGCUACCUGUCCCUGACCAGGCCCUCCUCUCCGGGCUGCUUUCCUGUGGCGGGCCGGCGGCGCUGGCUCCUCUGCGGAGGCCUGUGGCUCCUCUCCUUUUUCCUGGCUCUGUUAGAGAACGUUCACGUGGACCUUCUGGAGUGGGACGAGCCGGGCUGUUACAUGAUGCCUGAGUACAGCUUCACAGAGUGGUUUGUGUCCGUGGCGUUCCUCUGCCUGCUCUUCCAGUUCCUGGUGCCCGCCUCAGUCAUCAUCACCUGCAAUGUGCUGAUUGCCCGUGCGGUCCGCACGGCGCCAGAUGUGCAGGGCCGGCGGGACGUGUGGCUGGUGCACGUGUACUCGCUGGUGUUUCUGAUGUGCUGGCUGCCCUAUCACCUGGUGAUGUUCCUGAUGAUGAUCGACGACCUGGAUCCCUUUGUCUUCAGCUGCAACACGGUGGAAGUCCUCUACUUCUCAUUCAGUUUGGUGCAAUGCUUCUCUCUUUUCCACUGCAUCGCCAACCCCAUUCUCUAUAACUUCCUGAGCAAGAGCUUCCGUAACAACCUGCUCAACACUGUGGUGAACUACAUACCCAGAGAGAUCCCUGCAGAGACCAGGGCCCAGGGAGGAGCAGGGACCGAGCCCAACGCUGCCAACGGAGGCGGGGCAGAGCUGGGGAAGCAGCGCAGGCUGAGUGACGUUAGCACCAGCCACUCAGAUGUUGGAUCAUAAGAAAGCAGCCAGCAUAAGUAUAAGUUAGGCUUCUGUCAGAUGUAUGCAAACACAGGCGUGACACAUUUUGUAAGCGAUGAGGGACAAUGGAAAUGAAGGAAGAGUUGAUAGAACGGCAAUCUGAAGCUUUUCUUGAUGCCUCAGAAUAAUCCAGAGGCAUAGAUUGUACGAUGUUAUCACCUCGCUCUGGUCCUUGCUUCUGCCCAUGACUCUGUGGCAUUUGCCAUGUAACAGAGAUGGGCUCACCAACACCUUCCUCUCAUCAUCCACUUCCUGUUUUUUUCAUUCGGCAUAUCACAGUUGUAAACAGAGGAAGACAGGAAAUGUUUGAAGAUUUUUUUCCCCCCCUCAAAGCUGUUAAACUCCCACAGGAACUCAUGGAAACAUUUAGGGUCUCAUGGCGGAAGGAAUACCAGCGACAAAGCAGGAAUGCAUGCAAACAAAUCUCUCUGUCUGUCCAAUGCAAGAUAGGACCUUAUAUCCGCUUCGUAUAAACAAUGUGCAAAUCUGGAAAUGUAAAUGAAUUGAUUUUGAACAUUGUCUUUUGUCACAUAACCAACAACCACUGAACAGAUCAACUGUAGCUCACAUUAUUAAAUGCUUAUUUAUCCGAAUGCUGCUGUAGUUUACAUGUGCUGUAACAUGGUUUCCUGUAACAUGCAAUAAAACUUCCUCCAACCCUGUUUGCAUCUGGA